AGGGGCGUACAAAAUGUCAAAUUUGUAUAGGUACCUAUCGAUUGUGCAAUAAAUUCGUAUUUUAUCAUGUUAAUUUAAUAAACUGCGUUAUUUUACGUAGCAAUAAGUAGUAAAUGUCUUCAACGUAAUAAAAUGAAUUGAGACAAGUAUUGGGUGACAACAAUACUGUGAAUGUCUUGAUCAAAGUCUCAUUUAUCAUCACAUUUUUUCUUGUUGUUUGUUGUGAAAACAAGAGGAAUUAUGGUGGAGAACGGAGCUUCUAGUGGAGGCAGUGAUAGCCCCAGUGCGACCUGCACACGUUCCGGUUUACUAGAGACCUUGGUCCGUGGCGUGUGGUAUCGUGUUCAUUGUACGCUGGAAGAGGAUUACUUAAGUGUGUGUCUGGAUGAUGGCUACGACGCUACCACCACACUGAACGGUACCCUGAACAACAACAAUGUCGAGACUCCCAACAGCGACUUCACAGAAGUACCAGAAGCGAUUGCGAAUCAAAAACGGCUAGUACAAGUGGUGAAGUCUGACAAUAAUGGGUUGGGAAUUUCAAUAAAGGGUGGGAUAGAAAAUAAUAUGCCUAUAUUGAUAUCGAAAAUAUUCAAGGGCAUGGCAGCUGAUCUUACAGAACAGUUGUAUGUUGGUGAUGCCAUACUGUCUGUGAAUGGGGAAGACUUGAAGGAUGCAACACAUGAGGAAGCUGUGAAAGCAUUGAAAAGAGCUGGGAAAAUGGUUCAGUUGGAAGUUAAGUACCUCAGAGAGGUGACUCCAUACUUUCGCAAGGCAUCUAUCAUCAGUGAGGUGGGAUGGGAGCUGCAGCGAGGGUUCAUGGCAGACGUUCCACCUUCGCCCCCCUCUCCACGGCGACGCAGGGCUGAUACGCGAUAUGUGCCAUUGUUGAUGGCAUGUAUUGCUAAGAAUUUGCGCCAUCGUGAUCCAGAAGAGAGAACAAUCGAAAUCUACUCUCCGGACGGCGUGCACGCAUUGGCGCUACGAGCCAGCAGUGCUCAAGGCGCGACGGGCUGGCACCGCGCGCUGCACGCCGCGGUCCGGCGCGCGGCGCGUGCGGCGUUGGCGCGAGCUCGCCCGCGACUGCGUCCCUUGCUGGGAGACGUGCGAUAUGCUGGCUGGCUGGCGAGGCGGCCUCCUCAGGAUCAUUUGAGUGCAUCUGGCGGAUCUGAUAGUUCUGAUGAGGCUGAUGGUUGGCAGCCGACCUUUGUUGCGAUCACUGAUCGAGAAAUUAGACUAUACGAGGCCGCCCCCUGGUCUGGCGAGGCAUGGUGCGCGCCCACGGAGUGCUUCAGCCUGGCAGCGACGCGCCUGGCGUGGUGGCGGCGCGGCGGCGGCGGCGCGGCGCUGGGCGUGCGCGCGGGCACGCCGGCGGGGCUGGCCGUGCGCGCGCUGCGCCCCGACACGCCGCAUGACCUGGCGGCUGUGGCUGGUGCACUGGUGGAUGGCGCUCAUCACGCUGUUAGAGCGCAGCCUGAGUUCACUUUCCGAUGUCGAUUCCGCGGCGCGUGCGCGCGGCUGUCGCUGGGCGCGGGCGGCGUGGUGGUGUGGGAGGCGGCGGGCUCGCUGGGCCGCGGCGGCGCCCGCGCGCUGUACCGCCGCCCGCUGCACGCGCUGCGCGCCUCCGCCGACGACGACCACACCGCGCUCUGGCUGCACUUCGCUGAUGAUGACACUAUUGAACUGGACAUGGAAGGCAGCCCGAAGCCAGCAGUGUUCAUCCUCCACAACUUGCUGUCGGCUCGCGUGCACUCGCUGCCGGGCGAGGGCACUCCGCCGCUAUAGCCCGACGCCGACGGCCCUCCGGAAUACACGGCCUAACGUACCAGAACAUUCUAGAACAUUCCGGUACAUUCCAGUACAUUCCACGAUGGCGGGACUGUGACGUGACUCCUUUACAUGUUGUGCCCGAGUUGGUCACAUGAACUAGUGAUCGGAUUGUGAGUAGUCCUUUGGAAUAUUUACUGUAAUCUUAACCACAUUAGUCAAUAUGUUUACAACACUAUAGCUCCUUUUUUUUGUAACAGUGUUAUCAUCGAAUCUCUUGUAACUGACGUAUCUGUGAUGUUUAACAAUUUAUCAUGAUCCCUUCAUAUCUGACCUGUAUCGAUAUCAAUAGAAAUAUUUUGUAAACUUAUUUAGUGACUGAUGUAGUUCAUAGAACUAUUUUCCUGUGGAAGUCGAUGAUGAUUACAUAUUUAAAGCACCCUUUAUCUUAUCGGUAACUAAAUUAUUGGUAGUGGGGAUAUCCAGUAAAUUAAAAGAAUUUCUGAAUUCCAUUUUGUAACACUAGUGAACUAUAAAUUCAGUAAUAUUUUGUUGUGUGUACUGUACAUCCUAUAUGUAAACUAGUAUUGCCAAAGAGUUAAAAUAUAAUUGACAAUACAUUUCUCUGUAUAGUGGUCAUAGUUGUCUGUAUGGGAUGAUAUUGCUGAAUUAUAAACAUUCCACAUGUAGCCGCGAGUGCUCGCUUCGGCGCCCGGCUUCGCUUGUGUGUGGCUGUCAUUGUUCUUCCAAAGAUAUCAAUUUUUGAAUUUUUGUUUUGUUUGACAUUGUAGCUUAAUGUAGCGUAGAGAAUGUAAUUAUCGUUUGAAUUGAUCAUACGACGUAUUUUUAUAAUUUCCAUUGUAAAUAAAUAGGUAAACUGUUUUAUAAAUUAUAGUACAUUCCCAGAAUGUAGACGAUUACAUUUGCUUUAAUAUUUGUAGCUUUUAUCUCAAGUAAGGUUAAGGUACAGUUUCAAUAAUGUAUGAUGUAUAUUGUGUAGUCAAAUGUAACUUGUAAGGAAGGCAAUAUACGAGGUGAUAUCUAACAUUGAUAUUAUUUAUUUUGAUAUUGAAUCGUACAGCCUGCAUUGUUAUUGGAGAUGCCUCCAAUUUUAUUUGUGUACCGCUUUAUGAGAUACACGUAUAUUUAUAAUCUCAAAAUGUUACCUCAACAUCAUUUACUGUGUAUAAUCUCAUUAACAUUUCCUAUCGUGAUUACUUUUACAUUCUUAAAAAUAAACUUAAAGUAUGCUUACUCGAUUUUUUAUAAAUAAGUACUCUAAAACUAAUUUGUAUUUCACUAAAUUACUAAAACGAACACUUACUGUAACUUGGAAACGAAUGUAUUUACUAAAUAAAUUGUAUUUGUUGUUUAUAUUAUCAGAUGUUAGGUUUUAAGCUGAGGGAGGGUUAAAGUUAAUGACUUUACGGAUAAAACUCGUUCGUUUACUUUGAACAUAUAAAUCAGUAAUUUUGAAAAUGAUUCAGCAAGCUAAUAUAACUGAAAAGUCCGUAAAGUUUUUAACGGAAAGAUGCAGCGUAAUAAAGCUAAGUUUUAUAAAGACAACUAAUACAACAUAGUUACCAUGAUUUUAACUUAUUUAGGAACUGUCGGGAAUCUCUGCUAGUUUCCACAUCCGUAUAAUAAAUUUACGCUAAGAUACUAAUCUUGUAAUCUCUUAGAAUUUCUACUGGUGACAUUUCUUCAUACUAUGAUAUUACACUGCGGGCGCAUAAAGCCGACGCAUUCUAUAGAUCGUAUAGAAGUAACAUUGUACACUGUAUUGCAUUAAAAUGUAGCUAAUUUUUAUUAUUAUUUAUCUAACAUUCCAACAUGUGUUUUUACCAUUUUGUUAUUUAUUAAAUGUUUAUUGAAUCCA